ACAGCUGACCAGCUCCCACUGGAGGUCGCUUCCGGGUCCGGUUAAACCCGGCGGACUUGGCACGUAUCUUCCCCGCUGCCUCGGCUGCGGCCCGGUAACAUGUAGUUUGCUGAGAAAUGUGACACAUCUUGUCUACUUAAGCCAGACAGAGCUGCAGAGCAGACAUUGUGGCCUUGGUGUGGCACAGUAGACCCAGGACAGAUGAGCGGUGAUGUUUGCAUCUACUCCUGGCCCUGCUCCUACUACUUGGAUCUUGAGAAGCGAUGGGUCCCUGGAAAACUGUCCUUGCUGCCUUGCUCACUCAAGUUCACAACAGACAUUGCUGGAGAGGUUCUCGUGGGCUUGCCCCUGUCCAGCAUUGUUGAGAUCAGGAAGGAAGCGUCACACUUUAUCUUCAGUGCCAUCACUGUCCUGGAGAAGGGCCACCUCAAGCACUGGUUUGGCUCCUUGCGUCCCAGCCGCAAUGCUGUCUUCAACAUCAUCGAGCACUUCUGGAGGGAACUGCUCUUGUCCCCGCCAGGUGCUGCUGCUGGGGUGACGCCUUCCCCCAUAACCAGGGGGCAGGAGUUGACAGGACUGAUGGCAAGUUCCCAGAGGCGCCUGGAAGAUACAGCAAAGGUCCUUCACCACCAAGGUGAGCAACUGGAUAGUGUCAUGAAGGACCUGGAGAAGAUGGACUCAGACCUGGACGUGGCCGAUAGAUUGCUGACAGAACUGGAAUCGCCUUCAUGGUGGCCUUUCAGCUCCAAGCUUUGGAAGACACCAGUAGAAGUAAAGCCCAGGGAAAGCACCUCCAUGGCUGGUUCUGAGCCAUUUGGAAAGGAGGGGGUCGUGGCCAAAAUCCCUGCUAUUAUUUCCCAAAGAACAGAGUUCCAUGUUAAGCCAGGAAGGCUCACCAUCCUGGUUUCUGGGUUGGAAAUCCAUGACUCCAGUUCUUUGCUCCUACACAGGUUUGAGAGGGAAGACCUAGAUGACAUUAAGGUGCACUCGCCUUAUGAAAUCAGCAUUCGCCAGCGGUUUAUUGGAAGACCAGAUGUGGCCUAUCGAGUGAUAUCUGCCAAGAUGCCAGAGGUCAUUCCCCUUUUAGAAGUACAGUUCAGCAAGAAGAUUGAGCUGCCACAAGAGGCCUCUGUGCUCAGGAGCACAGGGGCUUCUUCCUCCACAGAGAGGAGCUGGUCCUUCUGGCAUGCAGCACCCAGGCUGAGGGGCUGUACCACACAGCGGGAGCUGCCUGAAGGAGGCCAGGAAGGCGGGCAACUGCAGCUGCAGAGGGAUCAGCCACUUCUCUCUGAGAGGGAAACCCAGGAGUUGACACAGAUCCUGACAAAGCUGAAGGGGCUGGCGCUGGACACUGAGACAGAGCUAGAGCGGCAGGAUGAGGCCCUGGGUGGCAUCACAGCAGCCGUGGACCGUGCGACCCUGACCGUGGACAAGCAUAACCGACGGAUGAAGAGGCUGACCUAGGAGGAGACACACUGCACCUCCAGCAGGCACUAAGGCAAUACCCAAGUCCUCCUGAAGGAACGCGACUGCACAUUCCUGCCCUUCCAUCACAGCGUCACGGGCACGCUCUGGGAGUGACACUCAAGCCCCCCCAGUGGGAACUGCAGCCACAGACUCACCACCACAUCCUGCUCUGGCUUCCUCUGGUGGACAGCUCUUGUCGCUCCCCGUGCGUUACGAAGUCCAAUACACCUCCAGAGCACUCAGCAAACACCUGCCUGGCCUUUGCCCCCAAGAGAGAAGUGACAGCACCCUUAACAAAAAGUGCAGAGUUCUGUCUUCUGGACAGACCCGAGGUCUCUCCAGUAAUAGGAAAAAAGUGAUAAUUUUUUUGCGGUGGGGGUGGUGGUGUUUGUUUUGUGGUGCUGGGGAUUGAACCCAGGGCCUUGUGCAUGAAAGGCAAGCACUGUACCAACUGAGCUAGAUCCCCAGCCCAGAAAUGCUAGUUUUAAAAUAGGUUUUGCAGCUGCAUCCUACUCUUGGCCUUCAUGUUUUAUGUCUUAGGACACUCACACCUCUCCCAGGGGGCCCCUGGGAGAGAGAAAGAUGGUCCUUUCAUAAGCCACAUCACAGCAGGCCACUGUCACCCAUCUGUGUAUUUAAUGUACACUGCAUGUUUGUGGGUGUUAUGGUUUGGACUGGAAUGUCCCUCAAACACUCCUGUAUGGAUGGUCCCCAAUGCUUCAGUGUUCAGAAGUGGGGCCUUUUGGGAAGUGAUCCCAUCAUGAGGGCUCUGACCUUACCAGUGGAUUAAUCAAUGGAGGAAUUCCAAUCGAGUAGAGUGUCGGGAGGUGUGGAGCUGUAGGAGGUGGCCCUAGUUGGAGGGAGUUGGUCCCUGGGUAUGUGCCCUGGAAUGGUACAUCUUGACCUCAGCACCACACCCCUCUUCUUGCUGCCUCACACCGUCCUGGCAAUAAUGAGCUGAGCAGCUCCUUCCCUCCACUCUUCAGCCAUGGUGUUCUGCUUCACUUCAGGCCUAAACAACAGAGACAACCAACCGUGGACUAAGCCUCUGAAACCAUAGGCUAAAACAAAGCUUUCCUCCUUUAAAUUGUUUUCCUCAGGCAUUGUGUCACAGCAGUGGAAAGCUAACAGUGAGCUCUAGUGUGACAGUCUCAUACAUGUAUAUGAGUGUGGUCAUCAAAUCAGGGCAAUAAGUAUUUCAUUUUCCUCAAACAUUUGUUAUUUAUUGGUAUUAGGAGACUUCAAAAUCCUCUCUUCUUCUUCUUCCUAAAAUAGAUAAUAGACUGUUGUGAACUGUA